ACAACAAAACUACUGUUUCUUUUCUUAAAUCUAAAGACUUACCGGAGAUCGGUUUGAUCAAACGUUCCAUCAACAUGGCGUCCAUGAGAUACACAGGAGUUGGUACUUCGAAAUCGAAAAACGGGAAAUUAAAAUCAGCCAAGAAGUUUCUCUCGCUCCAAGUUUCGUCCACCACAACAAACUURUCGAAGGARAUGAGUGGAAUCCUUCAAACUCAAACCAUGGCUCGCAAAAGAAAGAAGGUCAUCRCAGAGAUUUUUACAACUGAAACAACAUAUCAAGAACAGAUCCAUACUCUUAUUAAUGUAUUUUUGGAAGAGUUAAGGAAGACAGAUCUACUUCCCAMUGAAGCAAUCAAYAGCAUCUUCUCAAAYAUUGAGGGAAUACAGGCCAUMAAUAAAGAACUGAGAAGUCAUAUGGAGACCCUUGGUGUUGGYGAUGCUUUCCUUGCRAUGGCACCCUUUAUCAAACUGUAUAGUACUUAYGCAAAUAACUUUGAACAUGCAAGCAGAAUACUGCAAGAAUGGGAGAGGAAGUCUCCAGAGUUUGUUCAGUUUAUCAYAAGACAAGAAGCCAAAGAAGAAUGCAAAGGUCUUAACCUCAGGUCACUCCUGAUUACACCAGUUCAAAGAGUCCCGCGGUACAAGAUGCUUCUUGAAAGUUUACUCAACAAAACUCCAAGAGAUUAUCCUGACUUUAGCAAAUUAGAAGAAGCUACAGAGGAAAUUGCAAAAGUAGCUGAGCACAUCAAUGAGAAUAUCAGACAGCAUGAAAACUUUCAAAAAAUGCUUCAAAUCCAGAAGAGUUUCACUGGGGAAGGAGCACCAAAGAUCCUCGCUCCAGGACGACUUUUYAUUAAAGAUGGACCACUGUUAAAGGCUUGUAGACGUGGGUCGCAAGAAAGAAUGUUUUUCCUGUUUUCUGAUAUUCUUAUUUAUGCCAAGAAAAGUGGAUCAGAAAAAGACCAAAGCACAUACUCUUCUCAGCGAGUCUUUCCUCUCAAAAACUGUCAACUGGAGCAAAUGUUUGGAAGUUCUGAUGAAGCAGCGGAUGCUGGAUCGAUGUUCAAGAUUACAUGUGCAGACAAAACGCUCUUUUUGUAUUCGAAAUCAAAAUGUGAAGCAGUUUCGUGGUUCAAAGCUAUUCAGGAUGCUAUUGGAACAUUGAAAACGUGCAGAGCAUCACUCAAACGAGUCAGUCGUGGACCAAGCGCGAGAGAAAAACCUCGAAGAACYCCUUUAAAUCGAAGAGCGGUUUUGAAAAGUAGGAUAAUGACGCCUAAAAGUGCUGAUAAAAAGACGUUCGAGUUUGAUUGCCUGAGCCCUGCGGCGCUUAUCAAAGACAGUUUAUAUCCACUGCGAAAAGAACUAAAGAAGAAAAAASAAAUGAAGAAAUCCCAAGCAGAAGACGAGCAACCUUGGCUAGAAGAAGCUUCGUCAUUGGGUAAUGAAGACAAUGGCAGCGUAAUCAGCCAUUCGGAAAGCUUAUUCAAUGAGAAAAUGGAACGUAGUGAUGAURAUGAAUACGAAGACGAUGAAGAUUACGAUGAUGAAGAAUUUGAUGAGGAUGAUGACGAAGAUGAGCAAGACGUCGAACCCAAAACUCCAAGUGGUCGAAUAGAUYCUGUCAAUCAUUCAGUGAUUGACAGGCAAGACACGCCCUCUUGUUCAGACAGCGAUGGUGAGAAUGAUGACGAUGAAGAGAGCGUUUUGAAGCCUCCGAMGAAAAGGAAAGUUACUAUCAACGAGAAAGAAAAUCAGUUUGACUAUCUUUCCCCGCUGCCUUCCAAGAAAACGUGUAUUUUACCCAGGCUGCUUUGCGGUGGUGUCAAUCGYACACCGUUGUCAAGUUCAAGACCAAGAAAAUAAAGSCAACUAUUAUUCAUGACACUUGACUUUCAUUGUGCCCAGAUCACUUCUAUCGUUCACCAUGACCGAGGUGCUCUGGGAUCGAGAUUUUACAUAACAAACUCAAUAUUUCAAAUUUCAAGCCAUUUUCACGGUAUGACUUUUUAAAUUUUGAAAAUACUGGAAAAAUUAUUCUGGAAAGAAAAUGAUAUUUUUUUUAUUCAAUUAAGGGUCUCUAACACAGGUCUUUCUAGUCAUCACGCAGGCUAUCGCGCAGUUGCAUCUGCUUGUCUGUAGACUGGAACUAGAGGGCGAGGAAUUUAAAAUGAAUUUGUARAUACACAUUUAAUCAAUAUGUCAAUAAUUUUGCUUUUAUCUAAUAAAUU